AUGGCUUCUUCAAAAGCUAAAGAGUCUGCUGUCCAAAAAUGGAUCGAUUCUGCUACCGGCUUACCCAACUUUUCGCGCCAUACAACCGCAAACCUCGAGACGCGAACUAUUGCAGGAGCAGAGCUCUACUACGAGGGCUUCUACGGCUCAAUUGUGGCCGCGGCGAAGGCGCUUGGCGUGCCCUACAAGCGCCUCUAUUAUCGAGUCAAUGGGCAUCACUCAACGGCCGAGAAUGGGGGCAACCGGCACCACAUCCAGGGUCGUGCGCUCCAACAACACGCCAACGCCAUUCUCAAGGCAAAGGGCGUGGGAGCUACAGCAUCGCGAGCCUGGGCCAAGCGCUUUAUACAGCGGCAUAGAGAACUCUUCCACCGUCGAAGAGCAGCAGCGCGAGACAUCAAACGGAAGGCUAUGCAAGAUCGCAUCCACGUUGAGGCUUUUUUUCGCGGCUGGUCUCAAACGAUCGAGAAAGACGAGAUUCUCCCUAAGAACACCUGGAAUUUCGACGAGACAGGCUUCAUGGUGGGAUAUCUACAUAAAGGCACAUUUAUUUGGACCUUCCGCGAGAUUGAUACCCCUAUUUUAUCUGACGCUCACGAUACAGUGUCGGUCACAGCGAUUGAGGCUAUUUCUGCAGCUGGGAGUUGCAUUCCUUCGUUUGUGAUACUCCCUGGAGUCCAAAUUCCUGCCCGUUGGGUUACCAACAGCCUUGACGACGAUACCAUCAUUUCAACCAGCCAAAAGGGGUAUAUUAACGAUGUCAUCGCGAUUGAAUGGAUCAAACACUUCGAGAAACACACGAGACCGGUUGAUCCACUUCAGAAGCGGCUUCUACUAUGGAUAGCUGUGAUAAUCACUAUACAGAAGAGAUGGUUCACUUCUGCUUCGAUCACAACAUUAAGGUCUUCCCAAUGCCUCCCCAUCUUACACAUCAGCUUCAACCUCUUGAUGUCGGCGUUUUUAGGUCAUACAAACACUGGCAUCAACAAGUUCUACAUCCUUCAAGACACGCUCUCGUCGCUCACAGAAGAAGUGGCCAUUAAGGACCUGCCGGGCUCGAUCGAAAGCGAGCCUCAGGGCGGGCCUCAGGCAGCAAGACCAUCAACACCAUCGCCACACACGCCGCCUCGAUUCAACGAUUCAACUGGAACAAUGUUUCAACGCCGAGACUCAACCUCUCUACGAUUCAGAGGUAUCACGCCUACGUACAGCUUCAAGGCGCGGAAAGCCGACAAAACCCUCGCUCUCAACGGCAUCACCGCAACGGCCGAGAUGACGAAGAUAAAAGAGAAACAAGCCAAGCGCUCCAGUCUCCAGCAACAGACAACUAUUGUAGCGAGAUACGGCCCAUUAAGCGACGGUGACGCUAGAAUUCGAGUCGCCCGAGACGAAUACAAUAGACAAGCGGCACAAGAAGAGGAGGCACAGAGAGUCAGGAAUAAGGAGGUUCGCGACGAAGCUGGCUAUAUACGCCGCUGGCUUCGCAAGGUACGCUUCAACGUCAGGAUUAGCAUCACAGAGGCGAAGAUUCGAGACAUCAGAGGUCUCUGGGCCAAGGGCGACAAGCGCGCACACCUCAAUUGCAAUGAGUGGAUGUGCGCAAGCUACAGGAUUCUCCGCGAGCUACACAACCGCGGCGUAGGGCAAAGCAAGGCGAUCAUGUGGCCGGAGUACUAUGAUCGCGAGAUUGUAAAGGAAGCAGCCGAAUUAGUGGUGAUGGAGGCAAAUAAGCGUGCUAUUUGCCGUCAGACGCUUUCCUGA